AUGGGUCAGAACAACGGCAAGCCCGUCGUCUUCACCGACCAAGUGAACCUCAACCACUUCCGCCUGCUGCGCGUUGUGGGCAAGGGCGCAUUCGGUAAGGUGCGCAUCGUCGAGCGCAAAGAUACAGGGCUCACAUUUGCGCUCAAGUACAUACGCAAAGAUGAAGUCGUACGGUCGGAAAGCGUCCGCAACAUCAUCCGAGAGCGCCGCAUGCUUGAGCAUCUCAACCAUCCAUUCCUUUGCAAUCUACGCUACAGCUUCCAGGACAUUGAAUACCUAUACAUUGUUGUGGACCUAAUGAACGGCGGUGAUCUACGUUUCCACAUUUCGCGAAAGACAUUUACAGAAGAAGCUGUGCGCUUCUGGAUAGCAGAGCUCGGCUGCGCCGUGCGCUACAUACACCAGCAGGGCAUUGUCCACAGAGACAUCAAGCCAGACAAUGUGCUAUUAGACUCUGAAGGACAUGUCCAUCUGGCAGAUUUCAACGUUGCCUCUGAUUUUGUACCACACAAGCCGCUGACGAGCAAAUCGGGCACACUCGCCUAUCUCGCCCCCGAAGUAUACGAAGGCAAGGGCUACUCGUGCGAGGUCGACUGGUGGUCGCUGGGCGUGCUCUUCUACGAGUGCAUAUAUAACAAGCGACCAUUCGAAGCCAGCAGCCACGACUCCCUCGCCGCCAAAAUCUUAAAGGGAGAACCUACCUAUCCCGUCACGAGCCCGCCUGUCUCUAUGCCGUGCUUGCAUGCCAUCAGCUCCCUGUUGGAAAAGGACCGAAGCAGGCGCAUUGGCGCCAUUGGAUUUGAUUCGUUCACUGACAACCCUUUCUUCCGGCCCAUAGAUUUUUAUGCGCUCGAACGCAAGGAGAUUGAGCCGAUUUUCAUACCUUCGAGCGAUAAGACCAACUUUGAUGCGACGUACGAUCUCGAGGAGUUACUGCUUGAAGAAGCGCCGCUUGAGGCCCGUGCCCGCCGGCAGAAACCACGAGAAGCUCUCAAGGAAGAUGCUACAGAACAGGAGAUACGCGCCGACGAGCUGCAUAGGAUGAUUGAGACGCUGUUUGAGCCUUUCAACUACACGACAGCCGGUGAUCAACGGACUCCUGCUGCUGUAGCAGUUGCUGACCCCCAAGAUUCUGGCGCUGGCUCACGAACCAGCAACCACAGCCAACCCGACCACCACCCCACCUCUGCCCCGUCUCAAGGCGAUUCUUCUGGACGUCACUAUGCCAACUCCAAGUCUCAAGACACCGACCUCCACCCCACCCGUUCCACUACUACCGCACGAUCGACACAAUCACCAAAUGGCAGUCCACCCCUGCCGACGAGUGUACUGCAGCACACUGCCAACACUAGCUCACCCACGUCGCAACGUGGUGAGCACGUUGACUACUUCCCUCACGACGGCUCCGAAGUCCCCACCCCCUCGUUCUCCCGCCCUAUGAACAGCCGCCAGCGAGGCUCCCAACGCAGCACAAGUAUGGGCGGAGGUGUACAGGUAGUUCUCAAUGAGACUGGUUCAUGGACCGAGAUGGCUAACCAGAGCUCCGCGCUUGUACAGAACGCCCAAACUGAGAAACCAUCCGGCAUGCUCGGAUUCCUCAGUCGCAAGAAGGGCCGGGACAGGAGUCCCAAGGCCAAAGAGAGGGGUGUUCUGGGUAAAGAAGGUGCGCGAGUCAUCAUCAGCAAUACCUGA